AUGUCGGCCGUCAGGUUGCAGACGGUCUGCUUCAAUCUGACAGCGUUGGUUAACACAAGCGAGUCGGAGGUAGUGGCUCAGGAGACGUAUGUGAUCACCAAGGUAUGCUUCGCUCUUUGCCUUUUCUCCACUCUCAUCCAUCUUCUUCUGCUCGUCUGGCUGCCUCAUAUCCGACGGAUGUACGGCGUUUUCUUGGUCGUCGGACUGCACGCCUCGGCGACGGCUCAUCUCGCCACUCUGAUCGCCUGUAGCGCCGAUCGCGAGGUCUGGUACUCUCGAGUCGCCAGUCUCACCGCCAGCAUCGCCUUUCUCGCCGGCCUCGGCGUCAAUCUGCUCUCGGCCUGGAGCGUCUGUCAUCUCGUCUCCACCUGGCGUGUGAGUCGACGUGACAGUCUGAUCAAACAUUUGCACAACCUCAACACCGCCUCAAUCACCAGCCUCCGGCCUAACUGCCUCAUUGACCCGGCGCCCUCAGAGGUCGGCCUGUGCGGCUGUUUCCAUGACCCGACCGGACCGGUUGCCAGGCCGGUGACCGGAUGCGCCCUACCUCUGAUCGUGGUCCUCCUCCUCUCUACGGUCGUCAUGCUCGCGGGAUCCGUCUGUUUCCCGGCCAGCCCUGGGCUUUCGAAAGACGCCGGACAGAACAUCACAGCCACAACCACGACCUUUGUCAUCGCCUCUUGUGGUCUCAUCAAUAGUCAUGGUCAGUUCUUGGUCUUCUUCAUCUUCCUCUUCCUACUCUUAGCCGUUCAGCUGGCCCUGUUGAUGGCCGUCUCGAAACGAUGCCUCGGGGCGCCUGAAGAUCGUGUCCAACUGCAUCAAGAACGCGACGUCACCGCGCGCUACUGUAUCACCCUGAAACUGGCUAUCACACACACCAUCGUCUGGAGUUCGGGCGUCGUCGCUGUCUACCGGGCCUCUGUGGCCGUCUGGAACAUGUUCACCCUGUUCAGCAGUCUACAGGCCAUCUACAUCACCAUCAACUGCACCUUCAGCCGUCCUGUCUUCGAUCUGGUCCACUGGUGGCACGAAGACGAGCCCGGGAAGCCGGAGGAGAGUCUG